AUGGCCUGGAGGAACCACAGUGCCAUCACUGAGUUCAUUCUCACUGGGCUGUCUGAUGACCCCCGGAUCAAGGCUCUGCUUUUUGUACUGUUCCUGGCGAUUUACCUCCUCACCACGGUGGGGAACUUGACGAUGCUGCUGGUGAUCAGGGUGGACACCCACCUCCACACUCCCAUGUACUUCUUCUUAAGUCAUCUGUCAUUUGUGGAUCUCGGCUUCUCUUCGGUCACAGUGCCCAAGCUACUGGAGGACCUCUUGUCUAAGAAGAAAACCAUCUUAUUGGAGGGCUGCUUCACUCAGGUUUUCUUUGUGUUUUUCUCUUCGGGGACUGAAGCCUGCCUGCUCUCGGUGAUGGCCUAUGACCGCUAUGCUGCCAUCUGCCACCCACUUCUCUAUGGCCAAGUGAUGAGCACCAAGCUGUGUGUGAGGCUUGUGUUGCUCUCGUGGACUGUGGCCUCUCUCAAUGCAACCAUCAUCGUCCUCUUGGCUGUUAACCUGGACUUCUGUGAGGCGCAAACCAUACACCACUAUACUUGUGAGCUACCUGCCCUUUUCCCUUUGUCUUGUUCAGACGUCUCCAUCACUGUCAAUAUCCUGCUCUGCGCCAGCUUAUUGCAUGGCCUUGGAACCUUUAUCCCCAUCUUCUUCUCAUAUACUCGCAUUGUCUCCACCAUCUUAAGUAUCAGCUCCACCACAGGGAGAAGCAAAGCCUUCGCUACCUGCUCCUCCCACCUCAUAGCAGUUACUUUGUUCUUUGGUUCUGGUUUUCUCUGCUAUCUCAUGCCCCCCUCUGGUUCUUCCCUGGAUCUGCUCUUGUCUUUGCAGUACAGUGCCGUCACUCCCAUGUUGAAUCCCCUCAUCUAUAGCCUCAAAAACAAAGAGGUGAAGUUGGCUGUGCAUAGGUCAUUGAGGAAAUAUCUGCUUUAG